AUGGAUACAGCUAAUUUAGUUGCAAAAGAAGUUGUAGAAUACUACUAGCCAUACAGACAUAAAAGUAAUUUUACAGUAACUUAAGUGCAUGGUUCUGUCUUUAAUAUAGAUGAACGCUAUAGAAUUCUAGAGAAAAUUGGACAAGGAGCCUAUGGAGUUGUUUCAGCUGCAAUUGAUUAAGUAAAAAGAAAAAGUGUUGCAAUUAAGAAAAUUGAAAAGGCCUUUGAUUAAAGAAUUUAUACCAAGCGUACUCUUCGUGAACUUAAGCUUCUUCGUCUCCUCACUCACGAAAAUGUGAUAGGUCUAGAAAGUAUUCUCCUUCCUAAGUCAAGAGAAGAGUUCGAUGAUAUCUACUGCGUUUCAGAGUUAAUGGAAACAGAUCUUUAAUAAAUUAUUAAGUCAGACUAAUAAUUGACUUAAGAUCAUUGCAAAUUCUUUAUCUACUAAAUUCUUCGUGGGUUAAAAUACAUUCAUUCAGCUAAUGUUAUUCAUAGAGAUCUGAAACCAAGAAACCUUUUGGUUAACUCUAAUUGCGAUUUAAAGAUUUGCGAUUUCGGUCUUGCUAGAUCUGUAGCUAACACCAAAAAUGAUUUAACUGAUUAUGUCACAACUCGUUGGUAUAGACCUCCUGAGCUUUUAUUGUCAUGGACAGAUUACACAUGCGCAAUGGAUGUUUGGUCUGUUGGUAUUAUUUUUGCAGAGCUAAUAAAAAGAAAGCCCCUUUUACCAGGCUCAAGCUCAUCAGAUUAGCUUCUAAGAAUAUUUGAUUUAAUAGGUACUCCAUUAGAAAAUGAAAUAUAAAUGAUACCAUAUGAUGAAUAUCGUAAAUUUAUUAGAGAAUUACCAAAGAGAGAGCCUAAAUAGUUUGAAAAAAUCUUUUCUAAGGCACCAAAAGAGGCUUUAGAUUUACUUAAAAAAAUGUUAACAUUUGAUUUUAAUAAACGUAUUACUGUUGAAGAAGCUCUCAAGCACCCUUACUUGAGUGAUCUUCAUUUACCUGAAGAUGAACCUUCUAGAAGUGAAGUUCCUUUCUAUGAAUUUGAAUUCGAAAUGCACUCCAACUUAACAAGAUAAUAAUACAAAGAUCUUGUGUAUGAAGAAAUCCUCCUUUAUCACUACCCUGAUUUCAAAAAGAAGUAUUUAGAUAAGAUUUAAAAUAACCAAUCUGUUAUGUAGCACAUAUUUGAUAAUGCUAAUAAAAAUAUAGUUGAUGAAGAAUUCUCUUCUGAUUAAGAUUAUUGA